GGGUGGUCUCUAUACAUUAUUCACCUGUAGGUUUGUUCUCGUGUUUCUGGUCGGGAGGUGGUGUCACAGAGAAGCACAGACACACCAAGGUCAGCUCACAUACUAAGCUGUGUGAUAGUUUCAUUUGCAGCAAUCGGCUCCCUGGCAGUUAUUGUGCCUUAAUACGGAAUGAAUUAAUUCACAACCUUUUGCCAGGGCAAUGUCUGAAAGUAGAAAGGCCGCUGCACUCUCCUGUUUUGAUGUCAACUUUGUCUUUAACCCGGUGGAAUCGUGUCCUCAACCGAGUCAAACCACAUCGAGCUGUCCACUGACCGUGAACUCCGACACAUAUAAAGUCAUUUAUUCCCUUUAGGCUUUUUGGUGCAAGUUUACUCAACUCACCAGAUCAAUGCUGCGUGGAGUCAGUCUGAAAGGCUGCAAUUAAUUUGUGGAUCGAUUGGGCAUUAGGAAAGCAUUCCACUUUGUACAAUUAAUGCGAGGAUGGAGGAGUGUGUUCUGCCCGAAUUGAAGGAGAUAGAGAGCAAGAUGGGACGGAAGAUUCCCGAGAGCCUGCUGCGGUCACUGCGGGAGAAGCAGCAGGGCCCGUACAAGGAAGAGAAAGUCGCUCUUUCUAACACGGGGACACUAAGUAACUGCAGCGCGCUGGAGAGACUGGAGACUAAGAUUCAGAUAUUGAAGAGAGACAUGGCUCGCCUCAGGGCAAUUGAUGUCAAAUUGAUGCAUCAGUUAUUGUCCAUCAAUGAAGGUAUUGAGUCGAUCAAGUGGAUAAUAGAGGAGAAAGGCAACAUGACGAGCAGGGGGAGCAGCUUGACGAGCAGUCUCUAUAGCUUGGCAGAAAGCCAGAGCCCUUCACUCCAAGGCAGCUGGAAUAGCCUGCAAGAUGGCAGUGAUGGGCUUGAUGAAAUCUCAGUGGGAAGUUACCUGGACACGCUGGCUGAUGACUUGCCAGGUGACUGCACACCUUCUGACCUAGAUCCCUUCUCAGACGGAUGUGUAACAACAGAUUCACUUAACAGUGAAUCUAUCAACAAAGAAUCCAAAGAUGACUCUGAUGAUGGAUAUUAUUGUUUUGGAUAAAUUAUGUGAGAAUAAAAUAUUUUUCUGUGUCUAAAAACAGAUGGAAGAAAUUAUUGUUCAGCCUUUCAUUAUACAUCACCCCCACUGAUACAGUGUUUAACAGCAGUUGGUCUGAUAUUAGUCAUUUCACACUACUGCCCAAAGUCAACUAUACCAUGUUAAGUUCUUGUGACAUUGUUAUCAAAUUUAUUUUGAAACUUAAGAGUAGAAUUUCAAUUUAUAAUCUGGGUGGAACCACUUCAAAAGGUGCAAAAAUCAGGGUAAUUUCAACACAAACGAGGAGGUCCCAAAACAAAUCCUGCUUAAGAUGUUUUUAAUACUUUGUAACAGUUGAAGAUUCAAUGCACCCUAUAAUCCUAAUUAAAAAUCUGAAGUUCUGCCAGUCACCCUGAUUUGACUUCUUGGGCACACAGGCACAUUUUAAAUGCCCUUGAAAACUAAGCUGACUCGUGUGCACCAGUCAAACUACAAAUUGUUCAGUAUUGCUUUGAAACUCAUUUUUACAAUGACUUUUAAUUUACUUUCUGCAUAAAGAACACUGGCAAAAGUGCUUAUUUACAAUCAGGUGGAUACAUCCAAACAUAUGAAUUAGGAGAAAUCUAAGACAUUUGGCCCUCAAGCCUGCUCCACCAUUCAAUAAGAUUAUGGCUGAUCUAUUUGUGUUUGAAUUCCACAUUCCCAGCUGCCCCCCAAUAAUCUUUGAUUUGCAUCUGUCUAAAAAAUAUGCAAUGACCCCACCCCCAUCAAGUUCUGAGGCAGAUUUCCAAAAGCGCAUACUCAGAGAAAAAAACCUUUUCCUUGUCCUAAAUGGGACCACUGAUUUUCAAAAAGUGCCCCCAGUUCAAUAUUCAUCCAUAGUUUUCACCUUGGCAAAACCAUUCAGGUUCUUGAACACAACAGUCAAAUCAUCACUCUCUUCUAAACUCCACUGAAAACAAAUCCAGCAUGGCCAACCUAUCCUCAAGUCAACCAACUCAUUCCACGUAUCAACCUAUUAAACCUCCUCUGAACUGCCUCCAGAUUCAAUGGGCUGAAUGGCCUCUACGUGCACUGUAGAGAUUCUAUGAAUUGUUGUACCUGCUCAUUCACUUUUGGGAUUCUUGCAUUAGAACACCUAGAUCUCUCUACACCUCAAACUUCUGCAGUGAUGCUCCAUUUAAGUAUUUUUUUUAUCCUUCCUGCCAAAGUGAACAAUUUCACAUUUUCCCACAUUGUGGUCCGUCUGCCAGAUUUUUUGCCCACUCACUUAACCUGUGCAUAUCCAUCUGCAUCCUCUUUGUCUUUUCCAAAAUGCCAAAUUUUCCUAUUUUCAUGUCACUUAAAAAUUUAGGAACUAUCCCUUUGCUCCCCUCAUCCAAGUCAUUUUGGUGAGUGAUGCCCCAAUGCAGUCUCCUGUGGAAUUUUACUCAUCACAUCAUACUAAUCAGAUAAGGACCUAUUUAUCUUUCUUUUUAUCACCCAGUUAAUUCUCUGCUAAUGCUAACAUUUUACACCCAACACCAUGAGCUUUACUUUUCACAAUAAUGGUUUAUGUGACAUCUUGUCAAAUGCCUUCUGGAAGUUCAAGUGUAGUACAUUUACAGGCUCCCCUUUUUCCACAAUGCAUCUUACUUUUUUCAGAGAACUCCAAGAGUCAGUUAAACAUGAUUUCUCUUUCAUCAAACUAUGCUGACUCUUCCCAAUUACCUUGAGGUUUUCUAAGGGCCCAGCUAGUUCUCCUUAAUGAUGAUAACACAUUCCCCAUGCCAGAUGAAAAACUAAUUGAUUUAUACAUUCCUUUUCUCUGCCCCUUCUUCUUGAAAAGAGGAAUUAUAUUUGUUACUUACCAGGCUGAAGAAAUCUUUCCUGAAUCUCUGAAAUUUUAGAAAAUCAGUUCUAAAGUAUCUAUGAACUCCUUAGCCACCUUUCUUAACUACUGACUAUGAUGUCUAUUUAGUCACCUCGUAGCUGUCUCACUUCACUCAGAGUCCCUUCCCUGGUGAUUGCAAUUUUACAAAGUUCUCUUGAUCUUCCACCUCUUGAUUCACAGUUAUAGGUGGAAUUUAUUUUUUGCAAUCUCCACUGUGACGACAGAAGUAUAUUAUUUACUCAUUCUGCCAUUUUCUUAUUAUCUACUAUUAAUUUUCCAUUCUCACUGUGAAGGACCAAUGGUGACAUUAUUUACACUUUUCCACUUUAAAUUACCUGUGGAAACUCCUUUCCCCAGUUUUACAUUUCUAGAUAAUUUCCUUUCGUAUUCUAAUUUUUUCUUCCCGAUUAAUCUACAAGUCAUUAUCGGCUAUUGUUUUAUAUCCUGUGCAAUGAACUAAGUAUUUGGUGCAAUUAUGUGCACUUUUUCUUAUGUAUUAUGCUUUCCUUAACUUAUUUAGUUAACAGAUGGUGGAUCUCAUUUUGGAUUUUUUUCUUUAUAAUAGGAACAUAUUUGUGAGGAGUAUUCUAAAAUACCCCCUUAAUUGUGAGCAACUAUUUCUCUAUUGGUCUGUCUCCUCACCUAAUAUGCCAGUUCACUUCAACUAGCUCAGCUUUCAUUCACUAAUAGUUGCCCUUACUUAAAUUAAAUACUAAUCUGAGACUCAUUCUUCUAUCUUUCAAUCUGGAUGCAAAAAUCAAUUAUAUUGUGACCCUUUCUAUCUAGGGGUUCUUUACUCUGAGAUAAUUAAUGAAUCCUGUCUUAUUGCUCAAUGCCAAGUCUCUUAUAAUCUGCUGUCUGAUCAGUUCCAGAACAUACCGAUAUAAGAAACUCAAAAUCAUUCUGUGAAGAUCAUUCAGGUUAAUAUUGCCAGUCUGAUUUUUCUAGUGUCUAUGUAUAGAUUAAAUUAAUCCAUGCUUAUUGUUGUAAUAAACCCAUUUUCAGCAGAGUUAAUAAAACUGCAUUAAGUUACCAUGAUUAAAUACAUCAAGAAUUAAUUUGUAUUGUGAAGCAAAGAGUAAGAAUUACAUCUAUUACUCUGUAUAAUUGUGCUGGCCCGUGGGGAUGGUUUUAUGUUUGCAGUUAUGCAAAAUGAAUUCUUGCAAAAAUGUUGUAUCGCAGCACAAUUUCAAUUGAAUUUUGAGUGCAAUUUGCCAUAUUUGGCCAGAAGGAGCAACUCUUAAACUACUAGUUUAAACUGAUAGUGAAACUUUCAUUUAUGUUUUUGCAAGGGAAACAAAAGAAACACUGUGCAUUAGCAAACAGGUACAUCCACCGGUCUUACUUAUUUUAAAUUUUCAACAAGAAAAUGGAAGGUUUUUUUUUAAAUGAUGUCUCAAUGUACAAUGAAGUGACUGUGUCACUUAUGAACUGAAUUAAAUUCAAACUUCGUCAAUUUAAUAAUAAAUUACCUGUAUUUCACUAAGUGACAUAAGCUUUCUUCAUUCUACUUUUGAAACUGUUUCAAAACAUUUCAGUGUUACAGUUACAUGCCAAUCCUAGAAGUCUAUCUGUUUGGGUUGAUAAAUUUGCACUCUCUAUCAUGCGAUUGUGCAAGUCCUCCGUUUUCGCCAUGAAUUAAAGGUGCCAGUAAAAAUGAA